AUGCGAUCAGAGAAGAAACCAUGGUCGCCACUCCUCUGUGACGAACUCAUCGAGGAAAUCUUGUCUCGUCUUCCCGUGAAACCUUUGAUCCAAUUCAAAUGUGUGUGCAAGGGAUGGAACUCCCUGAUGUCAGAUCCCUAUUUCAUCAAAUUGCACCUUAGCAAAUCUGCUGCGAAGGACGAUUUGGAACACCUUCAACUGAUGAAAAAUGUCUGCCUCGGAUCCAUCCCUGAAAUCCACAUGGAAUCGUGUGAUGUAAGUUCGUUAUUCCAUUCCCUACAAAUUGAAACGUUCUUGUUCAAUUUCGCAAACAUGCCAGGUUACCAUCUGGUCGGUUCAUGUAAUGGGUUGCACUGUGGGGUUAGCGAAAUACCAGAAGGAUACCAUGUUUGUUUCUGGAACAAGGCGACAAGGGUGAUAUCCAGAGAAUCGCCAACGCUGUCUUUUUCCACGGGCAUUGGUCGUAGAACAAUGUUUGGGUUUGGCUAUGAUCCGUCAAGUGACAAAUACAAGGUUGUAGCAAUUGCAUUGACUAUGCUUUCACUUGACGUAUCUCAAAAGACUGAGAUGAAAGUUUAUAGUGCGGGUGACAGUAGUUGGAGAAACCUUAAAGGUUUUCCUGUUCUUUGGACUUUACCUAAAGUUGGUGGAGUGUAUCUGAGUGGAACCCUUAAUUGGGUUGUUAUUAAGGGAAAAGAAACCAUUCAUUCUAAAAUUGUAAUUAUUUCUGUUGACCUGGAGAAGGAGACUUGCAGAUCAUUGUUUCUUCCCGACGAUUUUUGCUUUGUUGAUACCAAUCAAUUCUGA